AAGCUAAAUCAAUCGAAAAUAUAGUUGAACUAUAUCCUCAACUGAAGGUUUAUAAUCUAAUUCUUUUUGAAUUUUGUGCAAUGAAAAAUUUGAGUCUUGACGAUUUAAAUACAAACGCUAAUUUUAUGUUUCAAAAACUAUUAGAAUGUUAUCGAAUUGGCGAAAUUACAGAUGAAUCUAAAUACCAGGUUUUGUCAAAAUUAUAUGGAGAAUUAUCAAGAAAAGUAAACAAAAAUGCAAUACCGUUAUUUAAAUUGAACCAAGUUAAUUCUUCUAUUGAAGACAUUGAAGCUGGUCCAGGCGAAUCUCCUAGGUGUGUGAUUUAUAUGGAUGAAGGAAGAAUUGCAGUGGCAUACGUUGUAGCAGACAAUAAGACGCAGGUGAAGAUGAAAUCACCGACAAUGGAAAACAUCGUUGUUUGUUUAAUGUCGACUUAUUAUGUUUGGCAUGUAAAAUAUCCUUCUCCAUACAAAAAUAUAUUACAAUAUAUUGAUAACGCUUUGUUAGGCACAUCCGUUCAAGCUAAUCAGGUAAUUUCAAGAUUCAUUAGAAAAAGAGAUGCUAUUGUUCAGGAAACACAAAAAGACUCUGCAGAAAACGAACACUCUUAAUAAAUUUUCUCAAAUGUUAACUUCCUUUGAAUAUUCACUUUCCGCUGAUACUUCUCAUAAAUUGAU